UGAUUUCUGUUGAAAGACCUGCCGGGAGAUAUUGCUUGUACGCAGCGGGUUGAUUCAUUUUACUAGCUAAGUAGCUAAGCUAGCCACUACAGAUAUAAGCUAGUCUGCUGCAAAAAUACUGCAAUAAAAUUACUUGCCCUACAGUCGUUCUUGAAUUAAAAAAAAAAAAUCAUAAUGGCUGGAAGCGCAGGAGAAUGGUGUCUUAUGGAAAGUGAUCCUGGGGUUUUCACAGAAUUGAUCAAAGGCUUUGGUUGUAAAGGAGCUCAGGUGGAAGAAAUAUGGAGUAUGGAACCAGAGAACUUUGAAAACCUGAAACCAGUUCAUGGGUUGAUCUUCCUGUUCAAGUGGCAGCCAGGUGAGGCGCCAGCAGGAUCUAUCGUUCAGGAUUCAAGGCUUGACAACAUCUUCUUUGCCAAGCAGGUGAUAAAUAACGCAUGUGCUACCCAGGCCAUUGUGAGUGUGCUGCUGAACUGCACUCACACUGAUAUGCUGCUGGGAGAGACACUCACAGAGUUCAGAGAAUUCUCACUCAGCUUCGAUGCUGCUAUGAAAGGUCUGGCUCUCAGCAACUCUGAAGUUAUUCGACAAGUUCACAACAGCUUUGCCAGACAGCAGAUGUUUGAGUUUGAUGCCAAGUCUUCAGCGAAGGAUGAGGAAGCAUUCCACUUUGUGAGUUACGUCCCUGUCAACGGCAGGCUCUAUGAGCUGGACGGACUACGUGAAGGGCCCAUCGACCUCGGUGUAUGCAACCAGGACGAUUGGAUCAACGCAGUUCGGCCAGUGAUUGAGAAAAGAAUACAGAAGUACAGUGAGGGAGAGAUCCGCUUCAACCUGAUGGCCAUCGUGUCGGACAGGAAGAUGAUUUACGAGAGGAAGAUAGCGGAGCUGCAGAUUCAGCUUGCAGAGGAAGAGCCAAUGGACACAGACCAGAGCAGCACCCUCCUCAGCUCCAUCCAAUCAGAAAUUGCCAAGUAUCAGCUGCUGAUCGACGAGGAGAAUCAGAAACUCAAACGAUACAAGAUCGAAAACAUUCGACGAAAGCAUAACUACCUACCCUUCAUCAUGGAACUACUGAAGACACUGGCAGAAUACCAGCAGUUGAUACCAUUGGUGGAAAAGGCAAAGGAGAAGCAGAGUGCCAGAAAAGUCCAGGAAGCCAAGUGAACACACGGUCACUAGUGCUGAGCGAUUAACCAACAUUUUGUUUUUGGGGGGGGGGGUUAUUAAACAACUAAUUGACCAACUUCUUUUGUGAGCCCAACGCGCUGUUUCUCUAGAGAGAAAUUAAAUAAUUCAAGACAGAAAUCAUGUCAAGAACUAUGUGGGAUGCUGGUGGGGAGAUAGAUAACACAACGAUGAGAGGGAUAGACAGUUGGUGAAAGUAUGCCUGAUCUACUUUGAAGAACUAGUCAAAGGAUUUCAUCAGUCAGCUCUGCAGCAUAGGCUACUUAGGCAGGCUAGCUAAAUAGGAUGACUAAAGACAGUACAGUAUGGGGAGCACCUAAAUAACGUUACGUCUGGCUGGCAGACUGCUACUUCCUGAGUAGAGAUGAAAUUAUGACUUUAAGGAAUAAUAGUCAUCAAAUAAAAACGUAAUAUACACAACUGAAAUAUUGUAUUAUUUCAUAAUAAUUUCUUAUUUUUCUAUUGAUGUCGACCUGACAAAGACAAUGGAAUAUUUUCAAUGUUUUGGCAAUUGAAUCCUCACUAGUUCUGGCUUUGGAAUUUCCAUCAAAAAGCUAUUUCAUAAUUCAUUUAAUGUUUAAAAAAAAUAAACGAGAACAGUGAUUAUUUUUUAAUAAUUGAACCGAAACCGAACCGACCUUAAAAAGCACUAAUCGCUCAGCACUAGCACUCACAAUCAUCACUCGUCGUAUUCAUGGGCCAUGGACCCCCCUCCCCACCAUUGUACCACAGACACAAGCACACAGGCAGUGAGACAGACAAUAACUGUGUUGACUCCCACCCACCUCUACCCCUAAGCUGUAAUGUAUGCCUGGAAAGAUAUGUUUAAAUGAACCUGUCUUAUUUUCAUAAUAAAAUGUGCUGUAGUUUGGUUGUUAA